AUGAAUCAAGGCGAAUUCUACGCAGAAAAUCAAGAAUUUUAUCAAGGAGGAUUCUACAAUCCUCAAUUCGAUGGCUCGCAACAAUAUAGAGCAAACUAUGGCCAGGAUUCUUUCUACCAAAGCAAUUCUGAUGCUAAUUCCGGUGUUUAUCAACCCAAUUACCAACAGUACGGCUACCCUGAUACAAUGAGCCAAACAUAUCCGAAUAUGUCUGAAAAUUACAGCAGUACUAGUUUUGAGGAUGAGCCACCGCUACUGGAAGAGUUAGGUAUCAACUUUGAUCACAUUUGGGAGAAAACCAAGUCAGUUUUAAAUCCUUUUAAAGAAACAGAUUCCCAUAUCAUGGACGACACAGACCUUGCCGGACCUUUAGUGUUUUGCCUUGCAUUUGGUGCCCUUCUACUACUUCAAGGAAAGGUCCAUUUUGGUUAUAUAUAUGGCUUUGGUGCUCUUGGAUGUGCUAGCAUGUAUGGUGUCCUUAAUUUGAUGAGUAUGACUGGUGUUUCAGCAGGCUGUGUGGUCAGUAUUUUGGGUUAUUGCCUCUUACCUGUGGUUGCAUUAUCUGCUAUAACAAGUGUCAUCAAACUACAAGGACUUGCUGCAAUUUUUUUCAGUGCUGUUGGUAUUGGUUGGUGUAGUUUGUCUGCCUCAAAGUUCUUUGUGUCUGUAUUAGCAAUGGACUCUCAACAAUUACUUGUUGCAUAUCCAUGUGCAUUACUAUAUGGUGUAUUUACAUUAUUGACUGUCUUUUAAAAGACUGUCAUCACAAUAAUGAACAAGCACUUGUCUUUGUUUGAAUCUUUAAGACAAUAGAAUAUUAAAUAAUGAUAGUCAUCAAUGGUUCUUUUAAAUAUGGGUACAGAUCAUCUUCACCGAAAAUUUGAGCAGAGGUGUGGUGAAAAACUAUGAAUUUACUUUUCUUGCUGAAUACUUGAAAUACUAUGGUGCAAAAAUGCUAUAAAUCCUUAUUAAAUCUUAUUAAAGAUGUAAAGUAAUUUCUCCUUGUGAUUAGUUGGACAACCAGCUUGCCAAGGAUGUUACUUAUAUCUUUUAUUCUAUAGUGAAAAAGGGCCAUUGAUAGUGUGCAAGAGAAUAAUGACAUCCAUUAGGGUAACUAAAAAGUUUUCUUGCAGUCUAAUAUGCCCAUAGCAGUAGUUAAUGUAUAGAUUGUCUGAAGGAGUAGAAGAGAAUUUAAAAGUAUGUAAGAGUAAAUCUUGUGAACUGUUCUGUUAAAUAUAUUGCACACGCUAUGUAGGUGUAA